AUGCAUGAUUUUACAAUGGCUCUUAAAUUUUGAUGUAAUUUCCACAAAAUUAGAAAAUGGUAAGAAAAAAAAUGAAGAAGAAAAAAAAGAGAGAGAAAGAGAAAGAAACAUAAAAAGGAGAACUUGUGUUGGACAGUAGGCGCCAAUGUCCUAAUCCAGAAAAAUAGAUAGGACGGCCCUUUGUGCUAGGGUUUCUGGCGCCAACAAAUUUUUCAUCAUUGCAUCGUAACCCAGAAAGCACAAAAUCUCAUUCAUCAACUUCGUACUAUAACUCACGUUAUUGCAGCAACAAAUGUUGUCGUUACAUUACAUUCUCCCAUGUUUCAUUAUCAACAAUAACAAGAACAAGGUCUAUUUGCAUUGAUCUGGUAGCACGUAUUUUUUAUUUUUUUUGCUUUCUUUUAUUAUCACACGCAAAGAAUACAAACGAUCAUUUCUUAAAUUUCGUUUUUCGUUUGUAAUUGCGUUGAAUUUGAUGAAUCAGCCAUGUGCGAAGAUCCAUUGCAGAUGUUAAAUUUGCAUUUCUUGUUAUUAUAAUUAUUAUAACAAGCUGUUGAAGAUCCAAUUUGAUAAGAAAUCGGGAAUUUUGGAGGAGAUAGAAAGAGGUGGAUUUGCUUAGGUUCAUCAUGUAUGAUCCUAGAAUUGUGCGAGUUACAACAUAUUUGGUUUGGAAUUUGUGUUGACAAGGCAGUGAUCAUCGUAACGGGUUAACGGUGUAUGAUGAAAAAUAAUUUUGAUUGGGAAAACCAUGGAAACCUGCAUAUUUGUUGGUUUAGAGCUUGAUGUAAUACGAAGAAGAAGAUGAAGCAGUUUGAAAUGGGUAUCAAAAAGGUUAUCUUUUGCAGCAUUUUGGUUUUUCAUGUUUUGGUCGUAGUGAGCAGUGAAGAGAAAAAAACUGAAGAAGAAUUCAUCAGGCAGUUAUUUGAUCCUACAUCUGGACUAUUAACUGAGGAUACGUUUCAUGACCACAGGCAAAGGUAUUAUGGAUCACUUGUUUAGAAGAUUUGAUUCGAUUAAAGAAAGAAGUCUUAUGCCUCCCAAAGGAAUCUUGCAGAAACAGCAAUCAAGUUAAUUUUGGCUCAGUAGCCAGACAAAACAUUCAACAAAUGAUCAAUGCAUGUUAUCCUCAAUUAAAGGAAAAUGUUCUUAAGUGUUUUAGAAAACACCAUUUUCCAAUUCAUGCUCUGAAGGAAGAGGAUGCCUCUAAGAUCUGGCAUUCAACGUCACCUUCAUCUAGAAGAUAUCUGGGUCAAAUUUUUCCACGGCAGCUUUCAGAAACAUCAAACAAGGAACAUGAAUUACAUAUAAGCAUUAAAGUUAAAGAAGAUACAAAAGCAUCUGGAACUAGCAUGGCAAUACCUCUAGUGGUAGCAGUUGUAGCUGUGGUAUUGGUCAUUUUAUGUUGUUAUAGAUUUUGUGGGAGUGGACAAGUUAGCCAAAAUGAUGAGAGACCCCUUCUCAGCAUGAGCAUGAAUGACUACUCAGUUGGUUCUUCUUCGAACAAUAAUAUUCAAUUCAAAAGCUCAAUGAAAGUAGGAGAAAUUAGUAUUCAAUCAGUUGAUGAGAAGAGAAACUCUGUGUCAUUGAAUGAAAGUGAAUCAGGAGAAGUUGGUAGUCGUUCUGUGAGAGCAUCAUUUGAACUAAAACCUCCUCCUGGGAGAGCAGCAUCUAAUAAUGGAUUGCUUCCUUUGAAACCUCCUCCUGGAAGGCCUGAUCUUCUUCCUCCUCCUCCUGGAAGGUCUGAUCUUCUUCCUCUAAAACCUCCUCCUGGAAGACCAGAUCUUGCUCCUUCUCCACCACCUCCACCUCCUCCACCUCCUCCACCUCCUCCACCUCCUCCAUCUCCUCCUUCUACUUCUAAUUCUGCACCACCGCCUCCUCCUCCUCCUCGUGCACCACCAAAGCCUACCGGUGCUGGACCUCCACCUCCUCCACUUCCUGGCCGCGGCCCUGGCCCUAGAGCACCACCCCCUCCUCCUGGCAAAGGCCCUAGAGCUCCACCACCACCUCCACUUAGAGCUAAGGCUGGUCCUCCUGGUGCUGGUCCUAGACCUCCUCCACCCCCAGGUGGUGGUGCAGGUCAUGCAAGAGCUCCUUCCAAUCCAAAGGUUGUUGAGGAAGCCGAUUAUGAAGGUGAAGAUUAUGUUCCUAAAACUAAGUUAAAGCCUUUCUUCUGGGAUAAGGUUCAAGCUAACUCAGAUCAAACAAUGGUAUGGAAUCAACUCAAAGCAGGAUCGUUCCAGUUUAAUGAAGAAAUGAUCGAGACACUUUUCGGCUUUAAUUCUGCGAGUACGGAUAAAGGAAAGGGCCAACCAAAAAAAGAGACUGCCCAAACUCCCCAACUUAUACAAAUCGUUAACGCAAAGAAAGCACAGAAUUUAUCUAUUCUAUUAAAAGCAUUAAAUGUCACCGCAGAUGAAGUUUGUGAUGCACUUCUUGAAGGAAAUGAGCUUCCCACAGAAUUCCUUCAAACCUUGUUGAAGAUGGCACCGACGCAGGAAGAAGAACUUAAGCUUAGAGUUUUCAGCGGUAAUAUAGCCCAACUUUCCCCUGCAGAUAGGUUCCUUAAAGCCAUAGUUGACAUUCCUUGUGCUUUUAAACGUAUGGAAGCAUUAAUUUACAUGGGUACUCUUCAAGAGGAUCUCACCAGUACACGAGAAUCCUUUGCAGUUUUAGAGGUUGCUUGUAAAAAGCUGAGAAGUAGUCGAUUAUUCCUGAAACUUCUUGAAGCUGUUCUGAAAACUGGGAAUCGCAUGAACGAUGGGACAUUUCGUGGUGGUGCACAAGCAUUCAAACUUGAUACACUGUUGAAACUAUCUGAUGUUAAAGGAGUAGAUGGCAAGACCACACUCUUGCACUUCGUUGUUCAAGAGAUAGUGCGCACUGAGGGCAUAAGAGCAGCACGCAUGGCAAAAGAGAGUCACAGUUUCUCCAGCAUUAAAACAGAUGACCUUCUUGAGGACAUCUCGAUUGAAUCAGAUGACCACUAUCGUGAACUUGGUCUUCAAGUGGUUUCAUAUUUAAGCACUGAACUUGAAAGCGUUAAGAAAGCAGCAGCUUUAGAUGCUGAUGGUUUGGUAGGAACAACUUCAAGAGUAGGGCAUGGUCUCAUAAAAACAAGAGACUUUGUAAACAAAGACUUGAGCAAUGCGAAGGGUGAUAAAGGGUUUACUGAGACAGUGAAGAGCUUCGUAGAGAAAGCUGAGGCUGAUGUCAAAAGUUUGCUAGAAGAUGAGAAGAGAAUCAUGGGUCUGGUGAAGAGCACUGGUGAUUACUUUCAUGGGGAUACAGGGAAGGAUGAAGGGUUGAGAUUAUUUAACAUAGUACGAGAUUUCUUAGUAAUGUUGGAUAAGGUGUGCAAGGAGAUACAACUUGCACCACCAAAGAAGCCAGCACCAAAAAGUGCAAAGCAAGAAACACCUAAUCAAUCUAGUGCAAAGCAAGAAACACCUAAUCAUUCUAGAAAACCUUCUUCCUCUGAUAAUCUUCCUCCUCCUCCUGCUCAUGAUUUAAUUCGUCAAAGAAUUUCUCCAGUAAUUGCAAAUAGGAGGACAGAUGACUUUAGUUCAGAUGAUGACAGUCCUUAAUUAGGUUUAAGUUGGAAGUGCUACGUGUAAAACUCCUCCUUUCUUUGCCCAUGUCCUUGUUGUAUAGCUUUAAUGUUGUAAUAGAGUCAUCACUUGCUUAUACUUGUCUAAUUUUGAAGGGAAGAUAUUGUCUUGUUAAUCAUUUAAAUGUAGAUUCAUGUUUUUAUC